AUGUGUUGCGUUUGGAAUUCAGUCGAACAGAUACAACGCUAGUGACAACAUCGUUGACCAGCGACCAGAGUUGCAGUCGAAAGAGCAGCUGAGUUUGCAGUGAGUGAGUGAACAGAACAGUGCAGUGUGCCUUUUGUAGUGUUGGAGAAGUGCAGAGCAGAGCAGUCGUGAAGUGACGGAUACACGGUGUGUGUUUGUGUGUGGCUGCCUGCUAAAGUAUUGGCUGUGCGAUUCAAGGAGUUCGCUGUUGAGAAUUCGUAGAUUGAAAGCGCACGCCAAUCCACAGCACACUUUAUAAAUAUAACGCAAGAAAGAAACACAUGCAAAUAUAUGUAUAUGUGUGUACGAGCGAAUGGCAGAUAUAAUCAGUUCGUCGGUCGGUUGAUUGCUGGAUUUCCGAAAUUAAAAGUGCCUGCACAACAUCAGUUCAUCUUCCGCAGCUACGCGAAUACGUUGACUCGCCAACUUCUACAUACAAACAUACCCUGUGCUUUGCAUUGCUCCCUCUAUAAGCUAACUUGGACUAUACAAAAUCAACUAUAAAAAUAAACAUCAAAGCGUAAAAGUGAUACGCCAGCAACAGACCAUAAUACACAAUUUCUAGACUCUUGAAGAAACGCUGAAUGUGUGAGAGCCUAAGUUCGUAAGUUUAUUUGUGUCAGUUACUAUUUUAUGCUCAAUUCGAUUUUAAUUUGUGUGAAAACGUAGCAAAAUUCAAUUGAAAUUUAGUGUGCAACACCAAUUUAGUAGUUCACAAAGCAAAUUCAGUGCAGUGAAUAAACCGUAGCGACGCCAGCAGCGCAGCGUACGGUAACAGUGACAGUGCAGUGCAGUCGAUAGAGCAGUGUGAUAACAUACCGUAAAUAAGUGUAAAGUGAGAGACGCGUUACUCGCAUGCAAUAUACGAAGGAGGUGUGUCACACAGCAAGCAAAAUUUUAAAUUUAAAAUAAUUAUAAAACAAAAAAAUAAUUGAUAAUCAUUGGAUUUUGCUGGUCCAACCGCAUACGCCACAAUCUUUUUCUAAACUACACCAUAUUUUCGCGUAAAACUCAGCUGACAGCAGCAUUAAAUCCGCAGCGCGAUCAGCACACAAGCAGACCAGUUUUGUUGUUGUAAAAUUUAUCGACAAGUCAGCGCUGUCGUGAGUGUGUGUACAUGCAAUAAUACAUAGCAGUGUAUAUAUGUCUAUAUACACGUAUGUGUGUAUAUAAAUAACUUGUGAGUUUUCUGCCUUUCCACGGACGACGUUUAUAUAUUUUGCCUGACGGUCAGUCGAGUCUGUCACUAGGUAUAGYUCGCUCUCUAGCCAAAUACGUAGCUAGAUAUGUGCUCGCUGCCAGCUUGAUUACGAAUUGUCUAUACUAUAUUGUCGAGAAACAUUCGCUUUUUUGCGCUGCUCGCACAUCAGUUGGCGUUUGGACGUUCAGUCGCGCGUUGGAUUCGGUUGGGAAAUUAUCUUCAGUGUCUAGUGAAAUAAAAUWAAAAAAUAAAAAAUAAACAUUUAUGUACAUAUGUACAGGCAACAACAACACAAGUUGAAAUAAUACAAAAUAGCAGUCAGGCACCGAACAGCUGACGACUUGUCUGCACGUUUAUUAGUGCUGAACUCAGUCAUCAGUCGGUUAUCUACAUUUGAACUGUAAAGUUGUGACAUUCGUUGUUUACAUAGCUACACAUACAAACGUACGUGCAAAGACAUUAUUGUUUCCUACAAACGUUGUGUAGGCAGCUUCAUUGGCUCGGCAGACAUAAAACUAAUGGAAAUUUAUCUGCGUCAAAAAGCGAAGGCAAAGUUUAGAUUAAGGCGGACACAAACGUUCAAUAUUUGCAGUACCAACACCAACAACACCAAAUACAAUUAUAAAAAAAAAACCAAUAUAAGUGCCAAUAAAUUGCAGAAUUUUAAAAUACAUUAUAAUAAAGAAACAAAAACUUGUGAAAGUACGAUACAGAAAGCAUCGAUCAUUAUCUACAAUAAAAACAAUUGCAGCAAUUAUAACCUUUUAGUAUCCUUCAAUGCGAUCACAUGAAGGUUCUAAUAGGCAUUCGCGUUGAGAUUCAAGUGUUUCGUGUGUAAUAGCUUCACCUAAACGCCAAAUCAAGUUUCAAAAAUUCGUAAAAAUGUUUUAAGCGUUCUAGUGCAAAUAAAUUCAGUUUAUAACAGCUACGCUUUGGAUUUUCCUAUUACCUUCCAUACCUGUAUAUCGAUGUGUGUGUGUUGUGUGAUGCAAUAGAAAACUCAAAGCGUCAACGGCGAUCAUCUGCGUUACAGCGACAACAACAAARGCAACAACAGUGAAAAGUGUUUGUGUUAUUAGUGACAGCUGUGCAGUUUUCUGUUAUAUGAAAGUAAAGUACUUAAAAAAAAAAAUCUAAUAAAUAAAUCAUAAAAAAUUGUAACAGCAGUCAAAUAUUGUUUUAUACAGAUUGUGUUAAUAGAAACUGUUUUCAACAGCAACAACCUGUUAAAUUUAUUAUUUAUGAACAAAUUUCAAUACAACAUGGCGUUUUUCAUACACAACAACAACUAACGGAUAACCAAAGCGUUUAUCCAUAAAAAUGCGCAAUAAAAAAGCUGUAAUUGUUUUUUGAGGUUGAAAGGUCUUUGAAGGACUUGACAACCGCCGUCGACGGAUCGAAAGCGAAAGGGAUUGAGACGCCAUUGCAGAAGUGCCGAAGUACAGCAAUAAUAAUCAAUUAUAUGCUGUAAUCUGCACUAAAGUAAAGAGUUCGAGACAGAGAGAGAGCGGAAAUAUAAGUGAAAAUUCGGAAACUGUUUACUAGCAACGCACCUUUGUUCAAUUCAAUCAGCCAAAAUGAUACCAACCACAGUCAGUAGUUCCACAUCCACCUCAACGGUUAGCGGUACCACCGGCAAUAACCACAGUACAAGUAAUAACAAUGGACAGUUGAACAUGUUGUUGUCAACGACGCCAACCGCCAAUUCGGUGUCGUCCACUGCCACCUCACCAGCUUCUGCCCAAAUGCCAUCGGUUUUAUUAGGACUAGCSUCUUUAAUAUUAGAGGGACGCGCUUUAGCCGACGAUGAAUAUCAACCACAAAUGAUGCGUACCACUGCCGGCACAGUCAGUGAUACCAGCGGCCUUAGUGGGAGUGGGCAUGGCGGMGGCAUUGGUAGUGUUAGCGGCAGUAGUGUCGGCAGUAAUUUACAUAAUUACAACACCAACAGUCUGCUUGYGAACACUUCAUACGGGAUUAGUGGGAGUGGCACUGCUAUCGGCAGUGGACGUCAAUCGCCYACAUCUCGCCCAUCGACAUCUCGUGCUGCCGCCGGCUUUGGUGGCRGUGUUGGCAGUGGACAUGUGAUCAAUAUAACAACGAAUCCGUAUGCCUUUAAUAAUAGUGGUAUGAGUGCUGCACAUGUACGCGACUCGUCGCCACUCUACAUUGAUCCGUACAGCGCAAACAGUUCGGGAUCUGCGUCUUCUACGGCGGAAAGUACACAUCAACGUUGGACACAGAAACUGUGCCAGCUGCGACAGGUCUCGCCGGCAGCCAACCUAAGUACGACCUACGAACAACCCGUAGCGGUGGAGGCACGUGAACCCGAGCUAGUCGCGCUUGCUAUCAAUGAAUCCGGUGCUAAUGAUCGCGGUGAAUUCGAGAUCGUACGUCGCAGUUUACUUAAUCGCACAAAUUUGAAUGCAAUAAGCAGUGCAGCGWCGUCGACAGCAGUCGCGGGCAGCAGUGCCGGUGCGGGCAGUGCCAGCUCUUCACCGGGUUCAGGUUCUGAGAAUUUUUUGCUCUCWUUGCAAUCGUUGGCGACCACCUGCCUGCGCAGUGGCAGCCCCUCAAUAGAGCCGAAUCAUGGUGGUAUGAAUGCGAACAGUUCGACGGGUACAACGAGUGGCUUUCGUUUUGCGACGCUCUCCUCACCACCGCCACCACASUCAAUGUACAAUUACCGUGCCACCACACCGACCGCCUCAGCGUCUGCCACAGCGCAUCGCUUUCACGAACAACCCGGCUCGGGUAGCAGUUGCGGCAGUGGUGUGCAAUCGCCACGCCCACAUUGGUCUUCCGUCACCGAUAACUUGAAUACAAAAGAGCGUUAUAUGCGACAUGCGUCGGCAACACAUUUUGGCUCGGGACGUAUACCAAUACCAGGCACAGCUGUKAAUACAACAACAGCAUCGGUGGCAAUGACUGCUGCAACAACAAUAUAUCACACAACGAAAGUGAAGCCGACAACAGCGUCCAAGCACCCGCAACAGGGACCGCACUGUGAUCAAUUCCUCAGAAAGAUGGGCCUGGCGAAAGGAGAGGCCGCUGAAGCUGAGGAUCAUUUCUGUGAUAUGUCAUACGUAAAUAUAACUUGCUCCCGCUGGCGAGCGUACUGCCAUAGAAUGGAGGCGAUUAUCGCACGUGGCGAACCGGUUUGCAUAGAGGUUUUCUUAGGACCGGUGAACCAUAAAAUGCUGCUCGAACAAUGGAUCAUAACCCAAAAAGAAAAAGUUCCACCGCCCACCAUGACGCUACCGUCACUCUGCAGUGCAAUACGCAGCCAAUUGUAUUUUUCCCAAAUCAGUGCCUGGUGUGAUCUGAUCAAGAAAUCGGAUAAAACUAUAUAUGACACGGGUCGUGUAAUAUUUCACACACCGACAGGAGCUGCCGGUGAUCUGGCCACACCGGUGGGCAGCACCACUGGCGGCAGCAACAGCACACCAGGCACAUCGCCGAAUUCACAUACGCUUAAUAAUCAGCUCAAUAAUGCGCUGUCGSUGAAUCGACGACCGCGCCUUAAUAUAUUCUACCGCAUCAAGUCAUUUGACUCCACUGCCUGCUUUAAUUCAAAACCGAAUGUACACAAUUUUCCGAAUGUCAAUAUUUCGGAGAAUUGUAGCAUAUCGGUUUGUCUCAAAAGUCUUCCACGUAUCAACGGCGGCAUACCGAAAAUCGGUACACUUAUGUUAUCCACACCGGGAACAACAACAACAACAAUGUCAACGCCAACAACAACGAUAACAUCCACAACCGUAGCAGCACCAAAAACAAUGCYAGCAACGGCAACAACCAAAGCGACAACAACUAAAACUAAAACAACAAAAGCAACAGUGCCGACAACAACAGCCACACUAGGAGGUGGUGGCAUGUCCAAUUCUACACCACGUAUGGCAGCUAUAGCGGAAGCACCGCAAUGGCUCUCAACAUCCAAUGGCAGCACCAAUAUCAAUAGAAGUGAACCCAGCUCAUUUCGUAACGGCAACAGUUGUGCUGGUGUAAAGUCCCAGGAUACGCCACGUAGCAGCCGUACAAGUUGUUGUGGCAUUGCCACGACAGUUACGGUUGCUGCGCCAACUUCAACAUCCARCUAUGCCAGCAUAAAUUUACAUUCUAAUAGUAGUUCGACCAAUUCAAGGGCAAACUCGGCCGCCGUCUCAAACGGUGCCAGCUCGAAGCCCCGAAACGACUGCGUUGACACACAGGACAGCAGCAUGCUAUGCAGCCGCGCCAACUGUGCGCCGCAACACAAAUGUGUAUUUUUCAUCGAUGAAGAUGAGCUACUGCCAGUCGACGAAGCUGACGGUGAGGCAUACGGCGAUGAGGAUGAUAACCCUAGCGAUACAGCGAAUARCACUGGCGAUAGCUUAACCCAUGCAAGCGCUUUUUGCACCGGUGCUAAUAUGUCACAUCGUGAAAAGCAGCUAAUGAAGUACCGCAAACGCAUGCUGAAACGCGACAAGAAGCAUCAUCAUCAACACCAUCCACGCAAGCCGCAUCCGACAAACACGGAUGCAACAUGCGAACUGGAUGCCACCGAUGAGCUUGAGCGUGCGCAGAAAGCGCGUGAAGAGGCGAACUGCUGCCAACCGAUGGAGGAGGGUGACGAAGAUGAUGUGACGGGUCAUAGCAGUGAYACAAUAAAAACGUUGCUACCGCGCACCAGCACGCGCAUCGAAAUGAUCUCAACGGGCACACAGACACCUAUGAGUUGUUGUCGUCAAUGCGGCUGYGAAAAGACACUCGUUUGUAUGCGUUGCUCGAGUGCCGGCGUCAUGCGCGGCGAACAAGCCAUAGAUGAACCCACCGAACAGGAUGUAGACGAUAUGGACGACUCSACAGCGUCAAGCAUUAGCAGCAGCGAAAUCAUACAUACGCCACGCAACAAAGCCGAACUGCUAUUGCAAGCCAUACAGCGCACACCCAAAGUGGCCGCAGCCAAGCACAAGAAGGAACAGCCGCGCAAACUGUGCGGUGGCAAGACGCAAAACAACAAUCACCUCAGUGGUGAUGURGGUGGKAAGAGCAGUGGCAGCAGCUUGCACGAGAAUACGCUGUCGGGUUGUCAAGUUUGCAAGCGCCAGAAGACACAGCAUAACUUUGGCAAUAGCAAUAGUGAAGAAGCAACGACSACAACUAAURCGCAUUUAGCUGAUGAGGCUGACAAUGACGAUAUUGGUGAUGACACCGACGAUGAUGGUGGGAAGAAGCGCGAGGUUAUUCAAUUCGUUGCGGAAGGAACCGACGGAAGUCAGCUGCCGGUGACGCCACUAACAGCGCUACCAACACGCACACAAAUCAUGGAAGAGGAAUCCUUUAUGUCAUCCACCAAACUCACACCACAAAUCGACCGUUGCACASUUUCCAACGCCACAAACUCUACGCGUUAUCCGCUAUUGACGAGAGGCGAUCGCGCCGGUGGUGAUCAGCAAGUCGACGGCUGCGAUCGCAGUGAGAACCACACGCCACCGAUCAUCACAACAUUAAUGGAUGACGAACACUUCGACGAAUCACAGUUUAAAACACCCACAACAACUACGAGUGGCGGCGUUAAUUACGACAAUUCACCACAGCUGCAAACGCAACAACACCAGCAGGGCGUACACAAGGCAUUCCAGCACAAACAGACGCCUAAACCUAACUUAUUACAAUUGCAUUGCAAUUAUCACGGCGAUGUGAGUGCUGGUGGCAAUCAGACAGUUGGUGCGUCAGGCGAUGGUUUUGCUGUCAUGCGUGCCAACAACAGCGAAUUGCCCACAUCACUCAAGCCRCACAAGGAAACGCAACAACAUGGCGGUCACAAUGCGUUGUUGCUGCGUAAGGGUCUACCCAAAGUGAACCUCACACCAAUAUUUUGCAAUCCAAUGCCAUCGCCAACGGGUGGCAGCAUCACGAGCAGCCAGUCGUCGCCAAUACCCAUACAUGGUGGUGCUACAAAUGAGAUUACAUUUUGCUUUGAGCCGACAGCGCUGAAUCGCAGCGGCAAUCAUUUGCAGCUACAUCAUCAGCUAAUGCAUUCCAGCAGCGGUAACGUUUGUGCCUCACCACUCACCACUGAAGUCAAUAAUAUACCUGUACAAAAGUCAUACUCGGCACCCACGCUACCCAAUUCGCCAUCACUGUCGCCGCGUUUCGCCAAACAGGCGGCCAUCUAUAAGCGUCGUUCACGCCAUUUAUCCGAUCGCUCCGACCGUUCGUCGCUCGGCUCAGAUGAACAAUUCUCCGAUGAGGAUUUAGAAAGUGCUGGCAUGUAUAGUCCAGCCACAUCGCCGCUGAAACAGAGUGCACGCGUCGCAGCGGCUUUCGGUCGCCAACCGUUGCUUGGCAAUCUGGAAGAGUCGCUGUUGCAAAAGCGUCUAAUGCCCAAGGUGGAAGUGAUGGGUUUUACGGUGUUGUUAGGUGCAUCGGGUGGCUUCUGUCCCACRCAGCUGACAAUACCGGCCGUUUCAUACUUCUAUGAAUUGCAUGGCGAGUCGCUGAGUACGCCUUAUGUGUGCGAAAUACGCCUGCCACGCAAGGGCUACUCGGUACCUCGUGCUGGCAAUGUACAAGCCACACUGCUGAAUCCCAUGGGCACCGUGGUGCGUAUGUUCGUCAUACCGUACGAUAUGCGCGACAUGCCGCCACUGCAUCAAACAUUCAUAAGGCAACGCAUACUGGCCGAAGCCAGCACGCAUGAAGCAGCGACGACGCAAAAUGUACAGACGAGCACGACAAACGGCUACGGCAGCAGUGGACGUAGUGCUGGUGGUUGCGCUGUUGCUGGUGGCGACGACAAUUUAAGCUUAAACAAUAACAAUAACGAAUGCUAUCAGAGUAAUAAUAACGGUAAUAACAACAAUAAUGCCAAAAAUAAGUAUCGUCUCUCACCAAGCGGUGGCCUGCACGGCGAAAGCAAUCUCGGACACUUCAUAUCCGCGGAGAAUAUGAAACGGCUACGUUAUUCYAUACAUUUAAGAUUCCAAACGUCGCGCUCGGGUCGCCUCUCACUGCACACCGAUAUACGCUUGUUGAUCUCACGCCGCACCGAUUGUGAUACGGCAGCGGCGCACGCCAAGGGCGUUCUGGAGGCGCCCAAUGAUCUCGUCACCGACACCGUUAUGCCAACAAAUCCCAAAUAUAGCGCACGCCCAGACCAAAGUAACAACAACARUAACAGCAGUGGCAGCGGUAGCGGUAGCAGCAAUAUAAAUGUCAUCGCCGCAACGGUCAGCGCAACAAAUAGUACAACAAUAACAACUAACAACAAUAGCGGUAGCGGCAGCAAUAAGAUUUAGUAGUUGGUUCGAGCAGUGCGCACACAAACGCAUCAUUAUUUUUUAUUACUUUGGAAACAGUUGCGUUUACGUUUGCAACACUGGCACUGCAGUUAUAAUUAGUGGGCGGGCGGGCGGUUGGGCGAAAGGCAGACAACCAGCGAGCUCGGACGGCACGGAGCUGAUGUGCAUGGGCGCAGAAAGCAGCAAAACUAUGAUUUCGGCUGCGGGAGCGAGAAGCCAACCACACGUGCGGCAUAUGCUAGCAACAACAAUAGCAGCAAUAUUAAAUAUCUUAAUUACAACAACAAUAUUCUACAAUUUCACACUUUAUUUCUUAUGUUAACCAUUUAAAUUAGUGCGCCACUGCGUCGAUGUCAUGUCACUCUUUUUCGUUUUCCAUCUAAAUAGWUAUCUUAUCUCUUAAUCACACCUUACUCUCACACCCCUCACAGCCAUUCAUUCACCAUACACUCUCACUCUCCCUUUUGCUCCCAUCUGCGUUACAAUCGAACACAAGCGCCCCGCCUUCUCCCUAUGCGCACAUCUGCAUACAACUCACACACACAUGCUCAUCAACUAAAUACCUUAUGUACAAUUCGAUACAAAACACUUUGUGUAUUUUUAUUUAUUUUAGAAAUAUUACUUAAAUAUACAUAUACUAUAUAUAUA